CACAACGAGUAGACGCCGGAGGCAUAAGUUACAGAGCAACAAUGCGGCUCGCCGACGCCCGCUCCGUCCUCGUCCUCCUCGUCGCCGUCGUCCUGGUGACCACUUCCGUACCGGCGUGCCAUGCCACUAACAACAUCACCGCCAUCCUCUCCGGGCGCCGGGACCUCGCCGAGUUCAGCAGCGAGCUCACGGCCACGGGCCUCGCGGACGACAUCAACGGCCGCAACACGAUCACGGUCCUCGCCGUGGACGACGCCCACAUGGCGCAACUGAAGGCGCGCAACCUCCCGCGUGAAGUGCUGCGCCACGUGCUCUCUCUCCAUGUCCUCGUCGAUUUCUACGACGACGCCAAGCUGCACCACCUCCCCGGCGGCUCCGCGGACGUGUCCACCCUGUUCCAGGCCUCGGGCGACGCGCCGGGGAGCGCCGGCAUGGUGAAGAUCGCCGAGCGCCGGGGCGGGCGCGUGGCCUUCGUGCCUCAGGACGUCGGCGACGCGCGGGCCACCGUGUUCUACGUCAGGUCCGUGCACGAGACGCCGUACAACAUUUCGGUGCUGCAGGUGAGUGGGGUGAUCUCGUCCCCGGCGGCCGAGUCGCCCGCGUCGCCGGAGUCAAGGCACAACGUCUCGGAUGUCAUGUCCAAGAACGGGUGCGGGCGCUUCGCCGGCCUCGUCGCCGCCACGGCCGACGCUGCCGCGACGUACGAUAAGAGCGUCAACGACGGCUUCACGGUCUUCUGCCCGGCGGACAAGGCGGUGGAAGCGUUCGAGCCAACGUUCAAGAAGAUCACAGCCGACGCCCGGCUCGCGGUGGUGCUGUACCAUGGCGUGCAGGGGCACUACUCCCUGCAGGCUCUCAAGGCGAACAACGAUGACUUGAGCACGCUGGCCACGGACGGGGACGAGGACAAUGUCGACCUCGCGGUGCGACACAUCAACGACACGGUGACGCUGCUGUCCGCGACGCGGAAGGCGGCCAGGGUCACCCGCAUGCUCAUGGACGCGGACCCCUUCGCCGUCUACAUGAUCGACGCGGUGCUGGUGCCAUAUAACUUAACGGCGCGAGCACCGGCGCCGCCGGAACACGGUCUAUCCGAUGCCGAUGGGCCUUCGGGCCGCAAAGACGGUGGAGAUGGUCAUCAGACGAGUGGCGCGAGCGGUUGCCUAUGGCGCCGAUUGGUUGCUUCACCGCUUCUGUUCACUCUGUUGGCAGCGUUUGCGUCUGGAUGAGAGAUCGGUUGGUUGGUUCACCGUCGAUUGCUACUAGGUUGUGUGUGUAUUCCAUCUCUGCUCGAGUUCUCGUCGAUUCUGUGUCAAUCUUAUUGGGGAUUUCAUGAGUGAUUGUUAAGUUCUAGAUGCAUUGGUUUGCAGUAGAGCGUUUGAUCUAUCAUCUUUACAUGCAAACAAUCUGUGUUGGCCACCAAAUCCAGAUCUUGUGAUAUUAUGAUCU